UAUUUUCAAUGACAAUUGACAAUUUUCCAACGAAUGCCGCUGUUAUUUUUAGUGUUGCGUGACUGUACCUCAGUUAGUUAAAGUUAAGGAAGGAACUUUCUAAGAAAAACGGAGGAAGAAAUCGGUCAAAUAUUUGGAAAAAGAUCGGCGUUGUCGUAUCGGCAUAGGAGGAUUAUUUACCACACGGGAAUCUGUUAGCGACGCGGGUCAAGGCUAUACACCAGCUGUACCCGAAUUAAAAGGUGGUUUAAUAGGAACAAGAUCGAAGUUAAACGAUUGAAAAUUUGGAAACAAUCAGCGUUGCCGCAUCCGUGUAGGAAGAGGAGAGAGGUAUUGGUCGUAUAUCUACGGGAAGCAAAGCGUGUCGAAAGCAAAUCUGGGUUCAAUACAAUACAAUGGACGGUGAAGCUACAAGCAGUAACGGAACUAAAGACAGCUUAUACAAUAAAUUCAUAUUAACAUUACACGAAGAUACGCGUGAUAAGUUGAAUGAAAACGGCGUAACGUUCGAGAGUAUAGCUGUUAUGAAAAAGCAAGACUUGAGAGAGAUGGAAAUAACAAAAAAAGGACUGCUUGUUCUCAUUCUGGAUUUCAUUGAAAAGGCCAAGCGAACUAUUACUUCACAUGACGACUGGAUCGAGUCAUCAGCACCGGUGAAUUCAGCAUUUCCAAUUCAUGAAAUUAAGGCUGCAUUGGAACAAAACCCACAAUUUCGAAACAUUUACACCAGUAAGCUAUUAAUGCACGUGGUUCUGGAACACAAUGAACUGCUCCGUAUGACGCGGGUCAUAUGCGACCAUUUUUUUGGGAAACGUGUUUGGACAGAACAGAAUUAUCCUACCAGACAGGAAAAAAUGCUUCUUGCGCAACGGAUUGUACAAGCGUUCCCACAAUUAAUCAAAAAGGUGACGGAAGAUGCACCCAUCGAGUCGGCGUUUUUUUUCAAACAUAAUGGUCAACUAACAGGCCCGCACAGUGGCUACAUUGAACAGCGAGUGACGAACAUGCGCAAAGAAAUACCACGUGGUAUGCAAAAGUUUAAGCGCACAAAUGGCAACGAAAGUGUAGAGGACGUUUCUGAUGAGAUGGUGGCGGUGGCGGAAAUGUGCACUGCUAUGGAGGCUACCCCUCAAAACUCACGCGAGAUUUCAAUAGCUCUAAAGAACUCGUUUGUCAUCCAUAAAAACAUGAUUACCCAGAAAAAAAAUGUCAAAUUCUGAGCCAAUUUCCGCAUUUAAAAUCAUACAAUGGUCUAAUGGUGCAGCAGGCGUUCGACAGGUUGAUGAAUGCUCCAGAUUCGGAGGCAAGCCUUAAGCGAGUGUUAGCUCAAUCAUUGUUACUUCGCCGUGGAGCUUUUCCGAACAUAGCUGACGUGUACAUUCGAGGAACUCUAAUCUUGAUGAAAGAAAUGGCCGUACGAGGAGUAAAAAGACCACACACACCAGGAAACUUAACACCAGAUGAGUUGUUUGCUGCGCCGCUAAUAAGAUGGAUAAAUCCUGCAGAUGCCAUAGACCAUUUUAGCUCUGACCACAACAUUCAUCUAGUGUGCAUCGGAACACCUGCACAAAAUGGCAAUUAUUUUGUCGUGUUAGGUGGAGAUGCUCAAAUCUCAAUCGGCUCGAGUGC